ACUAGGAAGGAGCUUGCAAUUGAUCUUGGCUUGUCGCUCGAUUUUUGAUGUGAACCAGUUUAGUAUGAAUAAAUAAUUUAUAAAGACAGGUUUAUUGGAGAGGUGCUGGUCAUUUAGUACUUGAGGAUAGGACGCUGAAAUUUAUUUGUAACUUUUUCUUAGGAGGUCAGCUGCUGACAACGAUAAUUCGCAACUUGGACGAUGGCGUCAUCUUAUGAACAGUUCCAAUUCUUGGACGAAGAAGGUCGUCAAGAGAUUUACAAAUGGAGCAAGCGACGACAGAAGAAAUACAAAGGAUUUGGGAGAUUUUUUUAUCUCAUGAAAAUAUAUGCCUUCGAUAAAAGUUUGCUAAAGAGUUUCGUUCACAAUGUCAAUGUAAUUGUUUUGGUACAGAUGAUAUUAGCUGGGAUUGUUACCUAUCUUUGUAGUUUUGCAGAUCUAUAUUUUGAAGUCCAUGUCACACUUUUUGUAUCACCACUUGUUUUUCCACUUGCCUUUUCUAUAAACACUGAUUUUCAAAGAAGAGAGAAAGUGUUAGAAGAUUUAGCUAAUUUUAAAGCAUCAACAAUGGUAUGGUUUUUCUGUGUAAGAGACUGGAGAGUUCCAGGUGUAUUUGAUGAAGGCUUCAUGAAAGCUGUGUCCAGUAAAACAAAAGGUUUGAUGUUUCAUCUCAGAGAGUAUUUAUUAACCGAAAAGGCACACAAAAGGAAUUUUAUACUGAGAGUUUUAUAUGAAGAUCUUAGUGAUGUGGCACAAUUCAAUGAAAAAAUUAGAGUCUCCAAAUUAAAUGCAACCUCACCACUCCUUUCAAGAGUUAUUCACUUGCAUUACUUGAUGUGCCUGUCAUUCGAACGACUGCGUGUCAUCAGAGAAUACAGAUCACCAAGGUCCAUCAGAUCAUUCACAAAAAUCUUCAUCUUUGCCUUGCCAUUGCUGCUGUCGCCAUAUUAUGUGUAUCUUGGGCGCCAAGUGAACAAUCGAUGGAGUCCGUAUUUCAUUGCAGUUCUUGUGGCUUUUUUAUUUGGAGCUCUGCAAGGUGUUCAGGACAAGCUUGACGACCCGUUUGACGGGAUGAGUGAAGAUGAUAUCAAUCUUGAAACACUUGACGAGUGGACAAUCCAGUCUUUAGAAGCAACAGCAAACAGGACGGUCAAAGUGGGCCGUUUCACAGUUUCUGUUCAGAAACAAGGCAAAGUUGAAUUCACAGCCUCUAUGAAUCCUCCUCCGGGUGGCGUAAAACGAGAAGAGUCUUUCGGAGUCAACAGGGCGCAUGCGAGAAAAAGCCUCGGGUUGCUGCCAUGGCAACGGCAGCUUUCACAGUUAUACAGCGAAGAAGAAAAUUCACCAGAUUUUGACGAGAUCAAUGAGAUGCACCCGUACAAAGACAUAUUGUCGAAUCUGCCGGGAAAUGCAACUAUAGUUCGCGGUGGUCACGUGAAGGAGAGAAGGAAUUUUGAAGAUAUUUUGCAAAAUACGUCAACACAAAACACAAUAGACCCAAAUUUUGAGCAAGGAUUCUUCCAAACCCCAAACAGCACAGUGCAGAAAACAAUCGACAGCCAGCAAUCACUAGGCAAGAAGGUCCAGUUUAAUCGAAUCUUCUAUGAAUCAAAAGAUUCACCAAGUUCGUCAAGACUUGAUCAGUUACCAGUCGACAAAGCUGAAGGGUAUCCGCCUGUAGCCUUCGAUGCCCCCAAAUCAUUUCGGUGCCUUUUCUUGCAAGACCAAGAUCACGUGAUACAACCAGAGCCCUUGAAGCGACAGUCCUCGUUACCAUCCUCAUACCUGAUCGAGGCUCCAGUUCAACGAAAAAGAAGCAUUUCCAAAGGGGGUUCAGAAAGUGCGAACAUGAUUGCCCACCCUGGUGUUGGUGUUGCUUCCUACAUCAACUCGAUGAACAAAGAGAAAUUACGGAAACUUUCCGCACCAAUCUUGCAUGCUGGCCAUAGCCCCAGUGAGGAGAAGGCCCCUGAUAUGAAUUCAUUUUCAAGUGAUGAAUCAGUUGGCAUUGUCAUGGAGAAAAGGUCAUUGCAAGAGUCAGGGCAGUCAAAUCAAGGGUCACUCUUCUACGUCCAAAAGGCAAAGCCUGUCAGCCUGUCCACUAUAUCGCCUGAUUUCAAAGAUGAAGCUACACCCACGCUCAACGGUGAUUCUGCAGUUGAUUGGAGGAAUUCAAGAAAUGGUAAGCAGUCAGGUAUUGGCGACGAAGGAGUGAAGUUAGAAUCGGUGCGACCAAAUAAUGACGAUAGACAGGUUGUCAUAGAGAUAAGGAAGGCCAACUCAAAGACGAAACUACUUGGAGAAAAUGAUGGAAUUGACAAUGAGGUUGUUGACAAACUUCAUGGAACAAAGAAAACCUCGCCUGGAGGGACACCUAAAGAGCAAAGGAAAGCUCCCAAGAAAAAGUUCGCAGUGACAAAAGGUAACCUCGAUAUCAAGCUAGCAACCCCUGCGGGGAGCAGCAGUGACAGUCUGUCAAAAGUUGUAGGUAAACUGAAAGACGAAGAGGUUUUCCUGUAAUUCCAGGCAAGCGUGAAUGAUCUCUGCGUAUGUUUCACUGGCGUUAAGCAACACUUGCUCUGGAACUUGGAGUUCACUUGCCGCCGCUUGGUAUUGGCCAAUUGGUAUUGGCUCCCUUACUUGAUAUGAAUGGAUCAAGUUUCUCUUGCUUGUCUUUCAUCGUCAUUAUUUUUUAGUUGGUAUGACUUAAAGGUUUUGAAUCGUGACGACACAUUUUUAGAACGUUGUAAUUCAAUUGGCCAUCAAAACCAAUGAAAUUUUGCAUUAAAUUUUCAGAACCAAAGCCAGGUAUUAUACUGUCUAAAAACAAACGAAACCCUACAAAAUCAAUUUUAAGGCUAACAACCCUUGGAUUUAACUACCUCCCAACUUUUCCUGUAUAUCUCCCCAUACAAUAUUAAUGACGUUCAUUGCCAGUCAGAUUUCUAAUCAUAGAAAGUUGAUAUAAAGCAAUAUUGUAAUGAAGUUAGGAAAACAACUUUUUAAAACAAUGAAGAUUUUUUGAUGUUAUAACAAUUUUGCCUAGAAGUGUAGGAGGGAAUUUCUCCCAAUGUCACUCUGAAAAGGUUUGAUCCUGUUUUUCUGCACUGCAAAAUUAAUUGUAUUUCAUACAGAUUUUUAAGUAGAUGGACUCGAAACUAUUAUAGGGUUUCUAUUGACUUUCCCUAAGUAUAAAAACAAGAAACCAUGUGCAAUCAGUAUCCUUAGAAUGAAAGAUAAUGCUUUUCGAUCUAAGAUAAGCCUUUAUAAAGCAAAUUGUGAUUUUACUCUAAAUUUAAAUCAUUUAAUUUGAAUUGUCGAGUUUUAAACUGAAAUCGAAGCAGCUUGGUGUGAAACUAUAGGAAAGUUUUCGAGCGUAGAUGGGGUGAAUUAGAGUUUUGAUACAUAGGUUAGUAUAAAGCAGGAAAGAAAUUUUUAUGAAUUGUUUUAGGCGAACUGCUUUAGGUAGACAUCGAGUUUACUGUUGUAUGCAAGUAUGAUAUUAUAAAUAUAUCAUUUCAUUUGCCUCGAAAUAAACAACUUUAAGAUUUUACUUCGAUAGGAAUUACAAAUUCCGUUUUUCAAUCAAAAAUUUAUAGGACAUUCAGUAGGCAGGCAGUAACUUACUUGUUGUUUUGGUUUUUUUAUUUUGCAUCCUUUGACCUUCUUUUGCAUGAAAAGUGACAAAAGGGGAAACUUUGCAUGCUCGUUUCAUUACUAAUUCGAAAUGAAGCUUGCGUACUCGUUAGAAUGUGGACACCUCAAUUGACCAAGCCCCCCCCCCUCCCUCUAGCUCUGUGUUUAAAGAUAAUCCCAAGAGCUUUAGAGGAACAGACGUGGAUAUUCCCUUGUCACUGUUAAGUGCCCCAGUGGAUUUCUUUGAAUGUGUAGUACGAAUGGAGCGUGCAUUCUUUAAACUAAUUAUCAGAACGCAAAGAUGUUGGUAGACAUGGCGUGGCAUGUUGAAGUUAAUCACAGGUACUGCGAAAAUCAUUGUUAAUUUAAGACGUCAGUACGAAGAUGUUUUAUUUCAAUUUGCCAUAUCCUUUUAUCACUAAAGUAAAGCAUAUCGUAAGAUAUUCCUUUGUACCUAUAGCAAUUUUUGAUAAACAGGAUCUGCAUAACUUUCGCCUUAUUGAAACAAAGGAAACAUGCCCCUUCUCGUUUUCUGAUAUUCUACACGCAUUUAUCAGGCAGCUAAAGGUACAUAUGAGACUGUUCCCUGACAGAAAUGUGUCAUCUCCCUAAGUUCACAAGAUACUGCAAGGUUCUUUUCGUGCAUUCUCUGGCCUCGUGUUUCAAACCUCCUGCUUCCUCCCGUCCUGCCGUGAAUCUCGCCUAGUUGAAAACGAACAACGAUCCUAGUCUUAAAGCACAAAGCAAUCUUCGAUGUUAGUAGAACAUUGCCGUUUAGAAUUUCAAUUUAUUUAACACAGCAUUUGCUGUUUGGAUGUUUUGAAAGAUUGAAAAGAUACAUUAUUUUAUUAA